AUGAACAAAGUGCAGAUUAAUCGGUACUUACUGAUCACUCUGAUUUAUACGGCACUUUCGACAUUUUUCUGUUUAAUUGCAAAUUUUUGCCCUAAAUUGGCAAGGGACUUCUCAAAAUAUGAGGAACAGGUGGGUCAGAAAUUUUGAGACUUAAGUUUUGGGGUCUGAGGACUCGACGAUGACAUUAUUGAGACAUUUUCAGGGUACCUUCUUGAUAAUUCUACAAGUGGUUACGUGUAUUGGAGCUCUUUAUUAUCUGUUCAUAACUGGAAUUCUCUAUCGUGAAAGGGAUACGCUGAAUUUAACGCGGCCAGGCUGUGUUUCCUCGUUUUCAAGUGAGUGGGAGUUGUUGUAGGAAAGCAGCUGAAGUCUGCCCGUUUUGAUUAAAAUCUAAUUUGUUCUACCGAUUUUCAGUUUUUGUCCGCAUAAUCGGCCCAUUGAUGCUGUGCGUUACGAUCAUGGUGACCUCAUUUGACGAUCCGCCCAUGUUGAAAGUGGCACUUUGGAUCGGCUUAAUUUUCCUGCUGAACUUGAGUCAACUCGCAAUAUUAUUGUUGAGAUUUAUUGUUAGCCGAGAAAAUUAA